UCCACUUAUAUGAUGUAGGAUCAAAAAAAUUUUUUAAAAAAAUAAAAAAGAUGAAUGGAAGUAAUUCCCCAUUCUGAGAAAUCCAUGGCAAAGUCAGUUAAAACAUUGAGUGUUUUCUCUCACGAAUCUACAAGACCUUCUCUUCUGUUGAGUUGCAGUGAGAAAAAUAGUCAGGACUUUACCUCGAGUGACUCUGUCCUGUUCAGAGAUAGGAUGUACCGCUCAGCAAGUGAGGCCCUUCAGGCCUACAUUGAUGAUUUUGAUCAAAGGCAUGCUCCUUGUGAUGUGAGCAGAUCAAACGUGAAAGUGACUCAGGAGCCUCACAUGUCCACGUUCUCCGACUUUUCUCCCAGACCCAGCAAUGAUGAGAGUCCCUACACUAAGUCCGCCAGCCAGACAAAGCCACCUGAUGGAUCAUUGGCUGUGAGGAGACAGAGCAUCCCAGAGGAGUUCAAAGGUUCCACGGUUGUGGAAUUAAUGAAGAAAGAAGGUACCACCCUAGGGCUUACGGUGUCGGGCGGAAUCGACAAGGACAGCAAACCAAGGGUAUCCAACCUUCGGCAAGGUGGAAUCGCUGCCAGAAGCGAUCAGUUAGACGUGGGAGACUACAUCAAAGCCGUGAAUGGAAUCAACCUCACCAAAUUCCGCCAUGAUGAGAUCAUCAGUCUGCUGAAGAAUGUUGGGGAAAGGGUCAUUCUGGAAGUGGAGUAUGAGCUCCCAUCCAUCUCUGUACAAGGAUCUGGUGUUGUGUUCCGAACAGCAGAGGUUACUUUACAUAAAGAAGGCAACACUUUUGGUUUUGUGAUACGAGGUGGAGCGCAUGAUGACAGAAAUAAAUCUCGUCCUGUUGUAAUAACAUGUGUUCGACCUGGAGGGCCUGCUGACAGAGAAGGCACAAUCAAAGCUGGUGACAGGCUUCUGAGUGUGGAUGGAAUCAGACUUGCGGGUAACACACAUGCUGAAGCAAUGAGUAUUCUCAAACAGUGUGGGCAGGAGGCAACGCUGGUGAUAGAAUAUGAUGUCUCAGUAAUGGAUUCAGUGGCAACAGCCUCUGGGCCACUGCUUAUUGAAGUUGCUAAAACCCCUGGUUCCAGCCUUGGUGUCGCACUGAGUACCUCAAUGUGCUGCAACAAGCAGGUCAUCAUCAUCGACAAAAUCAAAUCUGCAAGUAUUGCCGACAGAUGUGGUGCAUUGCAUGUUGGAGAUCAUAUUCUUUCCAUCGAUGGAACUAGCAUGGAAUAUUGCACCAUGGCUGAAGCAACACAAUUCCUUGCCAAUACUACAGACCAGGUCAAGCUUGAGAUCCUUCCCUAUCACCAGACUCGAGUAGCUCUGAAGGGACCUGACCAUGCAGCUAUGGUGUCUUCAUCCAUAUCUCCUACCUCCAUGAGUGGGUAUAGCCUGAAUUCCCUGAACACAGGGACGUUACCUCGAGGCGUCUAUACUACCAGCCCGCGUGGGACUAUGAUGAGGAGGAGACUGAAAAAGAAAGACUUCAAAAGCUCACUGUCUUUGGCCUCCAGUACUGUUGGCUUGGCUGGGCAGGUUGUCCACACUGAAACGACAGAGGUAGUGUUGACCGCCGAUCCUGUCGUGGGGUUCGGGAUACAGCUCCAAGGCAGUGUAUUUGCCACGGAGACUUUGUCUUCGCCGCCGCUGAUCUCCUAUAUUGAAGCUGACAGCCCGGCAGAAAGGUGCGGAGUACUGCAAAUUGGUGACAGGGUGAUGGCGAUCAAUGGAAUUCCCACCGAAGACAGCACAUUUGAGGAAGCCAGUCAACUUCUCCGAGAUUCCUCCAUCACCAGCAAGGUCACUUUAGAAAUAGAGUUUGAUGUUGCAGAGUCUGUAAUUCCGAGCAGUGGAACAUUUCAUGUGAAGCUGCCCAAGAAGCACAGUGUGGAGCUUGGAAUCACCAUAAGUUCACCGGCGAGCAGAAAACCAGGAGAUCCCCUUGUUAUCUCAGAUAUCAAGAGAGGGAGCGUGGCUCACAGAACUGGGACCCUAGAACUUGGGGACAAACUGCUGGCCAUUGAUAACAUCCGACUGGACAACUGCUCCAUGGAAGAUGCAGUUCAGAUUCUCCAGCAGUGUGAGGAACUUGUGAAGCUCAAAAUCCGUAAAGAUGAAGAUAACUCCGAUGAACAAGAGAGCUCUGGAGCCAUAAUUUACACUGUGGAGCUCAAGCGCUAUGGAGGCCCCCUUGGCAUCACGAUUUCAGGAACAGAGGAGCCUUUUGAUCCCAUCAUUAUCUCCAGCCUCACUAAAGGAGGAUUAGCAGAAAGAACCGGUGCAAUCCACAUUGGCGAUCGAAUCCUAGCCAUCAACAGCAGUAGCUUGAAGGGAAAACCUUUGAGUGAAGCCAUCCAUUUGUUACAGAUGGCAGGAGAGACUGUCACGUUGAAAAUUAAGAAGCAGACAGAUGUCCAUUCAGCAUCAAGUCCCAAGAAAUUCCCCGUUCCCAGUCAUUUAAGUGAGCUGAGUGAUGUAGAGGAUGAAACAUCUACUCCACAGAAACCAGGCAAACACUCCGACAUUUACUGCGGUACAGCACCCAGCGUGGACAGUGCUGUUGAAUCAUGGGAUAGCUCUGGUAUGGAUACCAGCUAUGGAAGUCAAGGCCCUAGCCUCCAGGCUUCAGGAUCCAAUUUCAAUGCAUUUGAAUGGAGGAAUCCUAAACAAAGAGGUGGUUUAUCCCCAACGAGCAAGACGCUAAAUCAAGAAGUGGAUCUGAGUGAUUAUGAAUGGGAAAGACCAGCAGCUAGUAGUCUUCCAGGGACUCACAACAAUGCCGAUGGGGAACAGGAAGAGAAUUUCUGGUCUCAGGCACUGGAGGACUUAGAAACCUGUGGACAGUCAGGAAUCCUGAGAGAGCUCGAGGAGAAAGCGGACAGGCGUCUGUGUUUGAGAAACAUGACUCUCUUGGCAACAAUCAUGCUGGGGAGCACGCUGAGCUUGAAUCAUGAGGCCUCCACUCCAUCACGUGGUCAAUUGGGACGCCAGGCCAGCUUCCAAGAACGGAGCACGUCCCGGAGCCACUACAGCCAGGCGACGCGAAGCAACACCCUGCCCGUCGAUAUGGGUAGGAAGUCUAUGCCCCCGAGAAAAAUCAAGCAAGAGAUCAAGGAGAUCAUGUCCCCAACUCCUGUGGAACUGCACAAGGUAACCUUGUACAAGGAUUGUGACAUGGAAGACUUUGGGUUCAGCGUAUCAGAUGGACUGCUGGAGAAAGGAGUAUACGUUAAAAAUAUUCGCCCCACUGGACCAGGAGACCUAGGUGGCUUAAAGCCAUAUGACAGGCUCUUGCAGGUUAACCAUGUCCGUACGAGAGACUUUGACUGCUGCCUCGUUGUGCCCCUCAUAGCAGAAUCUGGAAAUAAACUGGACCUGGUUAUUAGCAGGAAUCCCCUGGCAUCCCAGAAGGUGGUCCCAGAUCAACAACGUACUUUACCUGGUGGAGAAUGGGGAGACCAGAACAGAGCUUUCUUUCAACAAACUGGACAUGGUGGUAGUCUAGAGACACGAGAACCCACUAAUACAUUAUAGCAAAGAUUUUUAUAAAAUGACAAAGGACAAUAUAUACAUGGUGCUAAAAAAAAUCCCUUUAAGAUAUCUGUGACAUUUGAGGCACAGAUCAAUCAUGUGGCAUUAAUUGUAAAGCACAGGGGCUUUUAAAUGUCUCUCAUGGCUCAUGUUCACUAUUCUUUUAAAAUUGGAAGUUUUUCUGGUGACCACUAUGAUAAAUGGCAGGCCAAGCCCAAUGAUAGAGCAAAAAAGAUAGUAAAAAGUAAGUAGGUCUUUUCUUCCCUCCCAUUAAUAAACUAAAGGAUCUUUAAAAAAGGCAAUUUCAUACUUUCAUCUUAAUAUGACUGGUUUUGAGAAAGAAAGAAAAUCUCAUUUUCUAAAAUAUCCUUUAUGAUAGAAUCUUAUAAUUCACUUUUAAACCAGCUGGUUACUGGGUCUUAAUGUAACAGUAAGCUGUAUGAACAAGGCUCUUUGUAAAUUUAGCUUUAUUAUGGGUAGUGUUUUGUGAACUCUUGGUCUGCUACAAUGGGAGGGGUGCAGAUAUAAAAUUAAGUUAUAUUAAAGUAUUUCCACAAACAUGCACGUAAGAGGCUGUGGUAGGUGGUGGUGAAAUGUAUUGCCCAAGUAUAGGAACAAUUUUACUAGGAUGUAUGUUAUUCCCUAUGCAAGAAAAUACUAAGCAGGUCAUGUCUUGGGACCUGUAAUUUUUUUUUUUUUUAAGAAUGAGGAUAUUUCUUAAGUAGCUGAAAACCUCUGAAAAAGGACAUUACACUAAAAACUCAAUCUGAGGGUAUUUGUUCUUAAGUUCAUUUGUUUUCUUUUUUUUAAAAUACUUAAAUAAACACCUGUAACAAAGGACAAAGUAUAUUCAAAUGAGGUCAACUUAAUGCCAGGCAAAUCAAAUCCAUAUCACUACAUAUGUUGUUUUGACAGAUUGAGGGGCGUACAGCACAUGUAUUUAGAAAUUCCACUGAAAUAUAUUCUGUUUUGAGCCAUGCCACUUAGAGAUUGUAAAUACAUUUUACAAAAUACAUUGCCAAUUCCUACCACCCCUCAAAGCAAUAAAUGGUGACAAUUGCUUCUUAUCCUCCUGAGCAACUGUUUUCAGUUGUUUGGAUAUUUUGAGUAAUCACAGUAAUAACUGUUAUCUAUUAAAUAUAAAAAAAAAAUUAACUAGAUCUAUAUAUAUUGAUUGUAGAACUUUCAUUAACAAAUAGUCAUUUUCUAACCCUUUUGGUUUGGGUUAAAAAUUCAAACACCAUUUAGAUACAGUAUCACUAUCUUCUUUACCCUUAUUACAUGAAAAAG